UCUCUCAUCUCACUCUCUAACAAACAUGAUGAAGAAGAGCAAGCUGAUCACAAAGGCAUGGAAGCACAUGUCUACCAGAGUAGCCAAGCACAAGGCCGCUGCGGAGGAACCUCAUAUACCACAUGAUGUACCAAAAGGACACCUAGUGGUGUACGUAGGCAAGGAAGAGGAGAGUUACAAGAGGUUCGUGAUCAAGAUCACGCUGCUUCACGAUCCCAUCAUCAGGGCUUUGCUUGAUCAAUCAAAAGACGAAGUAUACGAUGAUUUCACGUCCGGAGAUUCCAAGCUUUGUAUCUCUUGCGAUGAAACUCUCUUCCUUGAGAUCCUCCAAAACGCUUCUCCCCGUAAUUCAUGGUCUUGAUGAUGAGUCUCUCAUUCAAUGUUCUACGGUUUAGUCUCUCUCUUUUUUUUGCUGAUGUGAGAUGGUCCUUUUGAGAUAUAUGUAGAAUUAAUGAACACACUUGUAAUAUGAGCCAUUUUUACUUAGUAGCUGAUAUAUUGAUAUGAGUUUUCUCGACAUAUAUAGUAAUAAUGAUAUCAAUUAUAAAUGAUUAUGGUAAUACAAGGGUGAUUAAAAAAGCCAAAGAGAACACUCAUCGUUAGAUUUUGUUGAAUCAAAGACACUUGUUUUUUUUUGGAAGAUAUGACAAAACUGAGGAUUGGCCUACUAUCAAUUUAGUUGAAGUCAGGCUUGUCAGGUUAAGUGCAGCCAGAUCUUAGGAUUACCACGAUGGACGCAUAGCAUCCAGCCUUCAUACACUCCUCAAUCGAUAUCUCUUUCACCAACUGUAACAUGAAUCCUCCCACAAAAGCGUCACC